AUGAAAUUACAAGGUGAUUAUUGUCGAACUCAAUCAAUUCCACUUUAUGAUUCUUCGUCCUGGAUUAGACAAAGCAACACCUUCUCCCCAAUUUCUGAACAAAUUCCAUUUCCUGGCCACCAUAAUUAUACAGUACAGCCAACAAACUCUGUGAACCCAGGUCGAAACCCUAGGAUUUUCUCAUCAUCAAGGAACAUGAGUCGCUCUAGCAGAACUCUAUAUGUUGGCAAUCUCCCUGGGGAUAUUCGCGAGCGAGAAGUGGAAGAUUUGUUUUACAAGUAUGGCCGCAUAGCCCAUAUUGAUUUGAAAAUUCCACCAAGGCCUCCAGGUUAUGCUUUUGUUGAGUUUGAAGAGGCUCGUGAUGCUGAAGAUGCUAUUCGUGGUCGCGAUGGCUAUGAUUUUGAUGGACACAGAUUAAGGGUGGAACUCGCCCAUGGUGGUCGUGGUAACUCAUCUUCUACAGACCGUCAUGGCAGUUAUGGCAGUGGUCGCGGUGGUGGUGGUGGUCGCAGUGGUGGAGUUUCUAGACGCUCUGAUUACAGAGUUAUGGUGACUGGCUUACCCUCUUCUGCAUCAUGGCAAGACCUAAAGGAUCACAUGCGCAGGGCUGGAGAUGUUUGUUUCUCCCAAGUUUUUAGGGAGGGUGGUGGUACUACAGGGAUUGUGGACUACACAAACUAUGAUGACAUGAAAUAUGCUAUACGGAAAUUGGAUGACUCUGAGUUUCGAAACGCCUUCUCUCGUGGAUACAUACGUGUGAAGGAAUAUGAUUCAAGCCAUUCUAGGAGCCGGAGUCGCAGUCGAAGCAAAAGCAGGAGCUAUAGCAGGAGUCGCAGCAGGAGCAUAAGCAAGUCCCCAAAAGCAAAACCCAAAGCUUCAAGAUCUAUGCGAAUUUUGGAAUUCCUUGUGGUGUUGUUAAAUAAGCAUAUUGGGAAGAAGAAGAAUGAUGGAAAUGGAUUUGCAAUGGUAAAGCUGGAAUGUGAAGUAGGGGACUAUACGAUCCUGCAUGUGGUAUAUUGGCUCUCUCCCACUCUCUCUCUCUCUCUCUCUCUUGGAUCAGAGGAACAUGUGGAUAUUAAACUCGCUUGUUUCUGGAACUUUUGCAGAUCUCCUUCAAGAUCCAGAUCUCCCCUACCAUCUCGCCCUAAGCGGGUAAGUAAAAGCCCAAAAAGACGCAGUCCUAGCAAGAGCCCCAGCAGAAGCAGGAGCAAGAGUUUAUCUCGGUAAUAAGUUAGCGGGUUGAUGAUUAUGGAGGGAGUGGAAAAGGAGCAUGAGUGAUAUGGUGAUGUUGCUUACUAUUUCAGUUAUUAAUAGUGGUGGAUUAUGAUUAUGAUUAUGAUUAUUGAUGAGAUUCGGGAAGAAUGGAUUUGUGAUUUUGUUUCAGUUAUGUGACUGAGUUUGGUGUUAGUUUCUGCUCUAUUUGAAACAAUUUGUUCUUGUUUUUCAUGUAUCACUUGGUACAUAAAAAACUUUGCAUCAUUUAUGGUAAUC